AUGAAGGCUUUGUCAUUAAUAGCGUUUGGGCUUAGUCUUAUAGUUCUAAUCAACUAUAGUGUUUUGUGUUUUGCUGCCCUUCAAGUAGGUUACUACAAGGGAAAAUGUACUAACAGUACUGCAGAUGUGGAAGAAAUCGUCAGAUCUGUUACGGCUUCACAAUAUGGGUUAGAUUUAACAGUUGUGCCAGCACUCAUUCGUUUGCAAUUCCAUGAUUGCUUUGUUAGGGGAUGUGAUGCUUCGAUACUCCUAGAUGGUAAUUCAACAGAGAAGAAUGCAGCCCCGAACCUAACCGUGAGAGGUUACGAUGUCAUUGAUGAUAUAAAAAAAGCUUUAGAGACAAAAUGUGGCACAGGGAUUGUCUCUUGUUCUGAUAUUAUUAUCAUGGCUGCUAGAGAAGCAGUUGUCUUGGGUGGAGGAACGUUCUACAAUGUAACUGGUGGGAGAAGGGAUGGCCUAAUUUCAAAUAUGACCGAAGCUGAGCUUCUCCUCCCAGCUGCUGAGAUAUCAGUAACAGACUCAAUCACAGCAUUUGGAAAUCUAGGAAUGAAUGUUUCGGACAUGGUUGCUCUCAUUGGUGCUCACACAGUAGGGGUUGCCCAUUGUUCAUCGUUCCAAGAUCGUCUCUACAAUUACAACAACACGGGCAAGGCAGACCCAACAAUGAAUCUAAAUCUACUUUCAAAUCUGAAGGGGACUUGUAUGCAGAAUUCUACAGUUGACAACACAGCUAAUCUGGAUCAGAACACUCUGAGUGUGAAUACUUUCGACAAUUCCUAUUUCGUGCAAAUUCAACAGAACAAAGGAAUUCUGGGCAUCGACCAAGAGAUAGAUUUGGACACUCGAACUAAUGGCAGUGUGGCAUCGUUUGCUAAUAGCAAUAGUGCCUUCAAUGCACAAUUUGCGUCUGCCUUUGUCAAGAUGGGAGCUGUGAAUGUCCUUCUAGAUCCGUUUGGAGAGAUUAGGCUAAAAUGUCGAUCUGUAAAUUGA